AGGACGGAGUCAGAUAGAUAGGGUUGUGUGCAUUGAUAGAAACUAGCUAAUAAUAAUAAUAAUAAUAAUAAUAAUAAUAAUAAUAAUGAUAUAAUAGCAAUAGCAGAGCUGGCUACAAAUGAAUGUAUCCAGUUAGCCGGACUGCUCUUUGAUCCUCGAUGCUUUGUAGAAGUCAGUGUAACUCAUGCGGUCCGGUUUGUUGUUGAGAUUUAUAAUAACAUUAUUAUUAUUAUUAUUAUUAUUAUUAUUAUUAUUAUUUUGGACCCCGUCUCCCCGUCCCCAUGUCGUCCUUGCUGUGUAUUUGUUAGAUAAAGAAAUCUUUUUUUGGACCAAAACACAGAAUUUUUCAGCAUGACUUGGGUUUACUCUCGAACGAUCGGGCCUCUCUCCCGCUCUCUGAAGCUGGUCCGCUUUGGCCCGGGUUCCUGUCGGUUGGCUCACAGCUCCCCGCUCUCCUCGCUCCCGCGCUCAGUCAGCGAGUUCGUUUCCCGCUCCGUAGAGCUCUGCAAACCGGCCGGGGUGCACGUCUGUACUGGGAGCCCCGAGGAGACCGCAGAGAUACUGGGAACACUGGAAAGAGACGGCAUGGUCCGCCGUCUGCCCAAGCUCACAAACUGUUGGCUGGCGCGCACGGAUCCCAAGGACGUGGCUCGCGUGGAGAGCAAGACGGUGAUCGUGACGAAGCGCCAGCGCGAUACCGUCCCGGUGCCCCUGGGGGGCGCCAAGAGCCAGCUGGGCAACUGGAUGUCUGAGAAGGACUUCGAGAGAGCCAAGGAAGAGAGAUUCCUGGGGACGCCCCGACCGGUCGCCGGCAGGAAGAUGUAUGUCAUCCCUUACAGCAUGGGUCCCCUGGGCUCCCCCAUCUCCAAAUUCGGGGUGCAGCUCACAGACUCGCCCUACGUUGUGGCCAGCAUGGGGGUGAUGACCCGCAUGGGGUCAAAGGUCAUGGAGAGCCUGGGGAACGGGGAGUUCGUCAAGUGCCUGCACUCCCUGGGGCGCCCCCUACCUCUCAAAGCCCCGCUAGUUAAUAACUGGCCCUGUAACCCAGAGAUGACUCUGAUCGCUCACGUCCCAGACCGCCGGGAGAUCGUCUCUUUCGGGAGUGGGUACGGGGGCAACUCUCUCCUUGGGAAGAAGUGCUUCGCCCUGCGCAUCGCCUCUCGCAUCGCCAAGGACGAGGGCUGGCUGGCAGAACACAUGCUGAUCCUGGGUCUCACGAGCCCGGCGGGGGUGAAGCGCUAUGUCGCGGCUGCUUUCCCCAGCGCCUGCGGGAAGACCAACCUGGCGAUGAUGCAGCCGUCUCUCCCAGGCUGGAAGGUGGAGUGUGUGGGAGACGACAUCGCCUGGAUGAAAUUCGACAGCCAAGGUCGUCUGCGUGCCAUCAACCCAGAGAACGGUUUUUUCGGGGUGGCCCCCGGCACCUCCAUGAGGACGAACCCCAACGCCAUGCUGACGGUCCAGAGCAACACCAUCUUCACCAACGUGGGGGAGACCAGCGACGGGGGGGUGUACUGGGAGGGCAUCGACGAGAAGCUGCCCCCAGGAGUCUCCGUCACGUCCUGGCUCGGGAAAACGUGGAAACCAGGUGAUAAGGAGCCCUGUGCUCACCCCAACUCUCGCUUCUGCGCCCCAGCGGCUCAGUGUCCCAGCAUGGACAAGGACUGGGAGAGCCCCGAGGGGGUCCCCAUCGACGCCAUCAUCUUCGGGGGGCGCAGGCCUGAGGGUGUUCCUCUGGUGUAUGAAUCCUUUAACUGGCGUCACGGUGUGUUUGUUGGCGCGGCGAUGAGGUCAGAAUCCACAGCUGCAGCUGAACACAAAGGCAAGGUGAUUAUGCACGACCCCUUCGCUAUGCGCCCGUUCUUCGGCUAUAACUUCGGUCACUACCUCUCUCACUGGCUCUCCAUGGAGCGCCGGCCGGAUCUCCAGCUGCCACGCGUCUUCCACGUAAACUGGUUCCGCAAGGACCCCGCGACCGGCCGCUUCCUGUGGCCCGGUUUCGGAGAGAACGCCCGCGUCCUGGACUGGAUCUUCCGCCGCUGCGGAGGCGGGGAGGAAGGGGAGAGGAUCGCCCGGCCCAGCGCCGUGGGGUACCUGCCCAGGGAGGGGGCCCUGGACUUGGGGGGGCUAUCGGAGCCGGUCGACACCCAGGCGCUCUUCCACCUGCCCAAGGCGUUCUGGGAGAAGGAGGCCAGGGAGAUCCGAGCGUACCUCACCGAGCAGGUCAACGUAGAUCUGCCGACAGAAAUUGAGGAGGAGAUGAGGGGCCUGGAGGAGAGGGUGAGGAGAAUGGAGUAGAGGAAGGGGAGGAGCCUGGAGUGGAGGAAG